AACUAUCUAUUUAGCGUUCAUUAACACUAACAACAUGAAGGUACUUCUUGGGUCAGUGGUUCUGGUCUUGGCCAUCGCGGCUUCUUAUGCUGAGGGGCCAUUUAACUACCAUCAGAGGAUUGGCAUUCCUGAGGCAGCUAAGAUCAGAAGGACUGAGGAAGAUGCGGCCAAGGCUGGUGUCGAUCUCAGAAUCGUUGGUGGAUCCAAUGUUGACAUCUCCCAAGUACCUUACCAAGUUGGUCUAGUCAUCCAAAUCCUAUGGAUCCUGACUUCUGUGUGCGGAGGCAGCUUGAUCACAAACACCCGUGUGAUCACCGCUGCCCACUGCCACCAUGACGGUAGCGUCACCGCUCAGUCCCACACCGUCGUGCUCGGCUCCAACACUAUCUUCAGCGGUGGUGUACGUCAGACCACCUCUAACAUUGUCAUGCACCCUCAGUGGAACCCGUCAACCGUUGCUAAUGACGUUGCCGUCAUUAGGAUUAACGCUGUUACUUUCACCAAUGUGAUCCAGCCCAUCUCUCUGCCCAGCGGAUCUCAGCUAAAUAACAACUUCGUAGGCCAGGUCGGAAUUGCUUCUGGAUUCGGACGCACUUCUGAUGGUGCUAACAUCCCGAACAACCAACUCGUGAGCUGGGUGAGACUGCCGAUCAUCACCAACCAGGCGUGCGCCUCAGUCUUCGGACCCUUCAUCUUCAGUAGCACCAUCUGCACCAACGGUUCUGGUGGUCUGGGCACGUGCCAGGGAGACUCUGGCGGUCCUCUCGCUGUGGAAGUUGGCAACUCUAGGGUCUUGGUCGGUGUGACUUCCUUCGGUGCUGCUGCCGGUUGCCAAGCUGGAUUACCUGCGGCGUACGCUCGCGUCACCUCAUUCGUCUCCUGGAUCUUGGCCAUAUAAGUAAAAUGAUCUAAUGAACCCUACCUGAUCUGUAACGUGUGAUUGUUAUUAAAUAAUUUUAAAAAAUUUUU